AUGCCCAGAGACGUCUCUUUAGCCUCUCUACAGGAGAAGAAAGCCAGACUGCCACUUGGCACACAGCUAAUACUGCCUGCUGCUAUUUGCAAGACCUUGCGUGAAUAUUAUGAUUUUGCCAUACCAGUGGAAGUGGACUCACUUGGAGGCUACAUUUCCCACGAUGUGUCAAGACAUGGAAGGAGCAGGAGAUCCCUGUCAGAAGCUGGUGAUCCAGUGCACUAUCAUGUCUCUGCAUUUGGCAAGGAAUUGCACUUAGACCUGCAGCCAUCCCAUGUGCUGGCAGAGGGGUUUACUGUACAGACACUGGGUGCAGAAGGCAUCAAUACAGCCACGCUUGAGCCUUCUAUUCAUAACUGUCUCUAUCAGGGUUCCAUCCGAAACCAUUCUGAAUCCUCUGUGGCUAUAUCCACCUGCACAGGUCUGUCAGGUCUGAUCCGGUUCUCCAGCGAGGAACUUCUCAUCACUCCGCUACCGCAGCAUUUGGCUUUACAACACAACUACAGCGCCUCCUCUGGACAUCACCCACAUGUCAUCUACAAGCGAUCAGCUGAGCGCAGAGUGUAUGCUGAUAAGACUGACUGGAUCAGCAGCGUUAAAUCAAACAACCCCUAUGAGAACCACCACCACCACCACCACCGUCACCAUGACUCCCAGCAUGGAAAGCUCCAGAGACACCAUUUCUGCGGACGCCGCAAGCAAUGUCUGAUCCGGUUCUCCAGCGAGGAACUUCUCAUCACUCCGCUACCGCAGCAUUUGGCUUUACAACACAACUACAGCGCCUCCUCUGGACAUCACCCACAUGUCAUCUACAAGCGAUCAGCUGAGCGCAGAGUGUAUGCUGAUAAGACUGACUGGAUCAGCAGCGUUAAAUCAAACAACCCCUAUGAGAACCACCACCACCACCACCACCGUCACCAUGACUCCCAGCAUGGAAAGCUCCAGAGACAACAUUUCUGCGGACGCCGCAAGCAAUUGCAGGAGACACUGGUCACUAUAGCUAGUUUAUUCUCAUUAACGCUGGGUCUGUCUAUCAACCACCACGCAGACCAAUCUCUCAACAACUUCUGCCAGUGGCAAUCAGGCCUGAUAGGUAAAAACGGCAAGCGGCACGACCAUGCCAUACUGUUGACGGGGCUGGACAUCUGCUCCUGGAAGAACGAACCAUGUGACACCUUGGGUUUCGCUCCAAUAAGUGGAAUGUGUAGCAAGUAUCGUAGCUGCACGAUUAAUGAGGAUACAGGGCUGGGCCUCGCUUUCACCAUCGCCCACGAGUCAGGACAUAAUUUUGGAAUGAUCCAUGACGGAGAGGGGAAUCCCUGCCGGAAGACUGAAGGGAACAUAAUGUCUCCCACAUUGGCUGGGAAUAAUGGUGUUUUCUCAUGGUCUGCCUGUAGUCGGCAAUACUUGAACCGAUUUCUAGGUACGGCUCAGGCUUCAUGUCUAGUGGAUGAACCUAAGCAGAUAGGCCAGUACAAAUACCCUGAGCAGCUUCCAGGUCAGCUGUAUGAUGCUGAUAUACAGUGCAAAUGGCAGUUUGGCUCGAAAGCAAAACUGUGCAGCCUGGACUUUGUAAAGGACAUCUGUAAAUCAUUGUGGUGCCACAGAACAGGACACCGGUGUGAGACCAAGUUCAUGCCUGCUGCCGAGGGCACCAUCUGUGGACCAGACAUGUGGUGCUGGAGAGGACAGUGUGUCAAAUUUGGUGAUCAUGGUCCUACAGCAGUGCAUGGCCAGUGGUCGGGCUGGUCCGAGUGGUCUGACUGUUCACGCACCUGUGGUGGAGGGGUCAUGUACAGAGAGCGGUCCUGCAACAGCCCCAGCCCACAGCACAACGGCAAGUUCUGCCAAGGCCCCGGUCGACUGCACCAGCUGUGUAACAACAAGCGAUGCCAGCCCAAUGAAGUGGACUUCAGAGCUCAGCAGUGUGCCGAGUACAACAGCAAACCCUUCAGGGGAUGGUACUACAAAUGGAAGCCAUACACCAAAGUGGAAGAAGAGGACAUCUGUAAGCUGUACUGCAUUGCUGAGGACUUUGAUUUUUUCUUUGCUAUGUCCAGCAAAGUCAAAGAUGGGACGUCUUGCUCUGACUACAAAGGAGGCGUGUGCAUUGAUGGAAUAUGCGAGCCGGUGGGCUGUGACCAGGUAUUGGGAUCAAAGGCUGCUUUGGAUGCCUGUGGAGUUUGUAAAGGAGACAACUCCACCUGCAAUUUCUACAGUGGCCUGUACACCCUCCAGCACAGAGCCAACGAAUAUUACCCCGUUGUGACGGUUCCUGCUGGAGCGAGGAACAUCAGGGUACAGGAGAUGGAGAUCUCCACCAGCUACCUGGCUGUCCGCAGCCUGAAGCUUGGCACCUACUACCUGACGGGGGACUGGACGGUGGACUGGCCUGGCAGAUUCCAGUUCGCAGGCACUACGUUCAACUAUCAGUGCUCUUUCAACCGGCCUGAGAUCUUGUACGCCACAGGCUCCACUAAUGAGACCCUGCUCUUUGAAAUUCUUCUUCAGGGUAAAAAUCCUGGUAUAUCAUGGGAAUACACUCUACCCCAUCCUGAGAAGAAGCACAACUACACCUGGUCUGUGGUGCGCUCUGACUGCUCUGCGCCUUGUGCUGGGGGUCGGAUCUCGACGAAAGCCAUUUGUUUGCAGGAUCAGAACACGCAGGUCAACUCUUCACUCUGCAACCCUGAGACCAGACCUGUGGUGGGCUCUCACCUGUGCAACACACAGCCCUGCCCUGCCUAUUGGACGACAGGUAAAUGGGGAGUGUGCAGUAGAACAUGUGGAGGUGGGCAGCAGACGCGGAACAUCCGCUGCAUGAGGAAGGUGACAUACCAGCGGGAAGAGGUGGUGGCUCACUCCUUAUGUCCAGUAAUGGCUCCGGCCCAACUACAGCCCUGCAACACACAGACAUGUCCUCCAGAGUGGAGCACUGGCUCCUGGUCUCAGUGCACUAAGACCUGUGGGCGAGGGUGGAAGAAGCGUAGUGUUUUCUGCAGGAGCACUAAUCCAGGUGCCAGGGCUGUGGUGGUGCCUGACAGCAUGUGUAAAUUACACCUGAAGCCCAAAGCCCAGGAGACCUGUGUGCUGAGCCGCUGCCCCAAGAAUGAGCAUCUUCAGUGGAUAACUACCACCUGGGGAGAGUGUUCGGCCUCCUGUGGAGCAGGAGUAAAGAGAAGAGAGCUGCAAUGUGGGGAGAAAGACUCCCAAGUAGGCUACACAGAGUUCCCUGUGAGGAGGUGCAGGAACCUCCAUAAGCCCCAAGCAGACCUUGAGCAAGCUUGUAAUAAUGGCCCCUGCCCAGAGCCCCCACCGCCCCAGAUCCUCCAGCCUGGCCCAGACAGGGGUGGCACUUCUGUGACUCUGGGGUGGUACUCCUCUCCUUGGCUGCAGUGCACAGUGUCCUGUGGUGGUGGGGUGCAGACACGUAGCGUUCAGUGUCUGAGACAAGGGCGUCUGUCAGUGGGCUGUUUACCUCAUCAGAGACCCAUCAGCUCACGUGCCUGCAAUACACAUUUCUGUCCUGGUCCAAUCCCAGUCCCUGUCCUACCUCCCUCACCUACACUUAAAGAAGACCAGCCUUGCAUCGACUUCUUCAGCUGGUGUCAUCUGGUGCCUCAGCAUGGUGUUUGCAAUCACAAAUUCUAUGGUCAACAAUGCUGCAAGUCCUGUUCCACCAAAAGACAGUAAUAGGAAGAUCUUCCCACGAGCCUCCUCACUUUUCUUAGAUCUGUAAAUCAUUGUGAUACAGAUGACCACUAUGGACAAAGUUGAUAUUUGCGAGAUGUGGUAAAGAAAGAGGCAUUCCAGUGGACCGUGUCUUGGACUAGUGAGAGAUAAUAAGAGCCUGGUAUCCGAGGAACUCGAGAAACUCAUUGGUACAUUGGAAAACUGGAUCUGGUUCUGGCUUCAUCUGUGGUGUAUCAUAAUUAGAAUUGUGUUUUUU